UCCAAAGCUAUAAAGGAGGCCGCAACAACAGCCGUGCAGACUACGUCUAACGUUACUAGUACAAGGUUGAGUGUGUGUGCCCUCUCUCUCUCUCUCUCCAUCAAGGCAUCAUUUAGAGCGCUCACCUUUAUUUAAUUAGCGUUUGGACUACAGAAUAUUUUAGCACACUGUCAAGAUGCGUUUAGUAGUGCUUCUCCUCGGCCUGGCCUCAGUUGCCAGCGCUGUGUCAUUCUAUAAUGUUGUCAUGGAGGAGUGGGAGGCAUUCAAGCUCACCCACAACAAGAAGUAUGGGUCUGUGGAAGAAGCCUUCCGUCUGAAGGUCUUUGCUGAGAACAAGCAUAAGAUUGCCAAGCACAACCAGCUGUACAACAAAGGAGAGCGCACUUUUAAGAUGAAGAUCAAUCAUUUUGGUGAUUUGUUACACCACGAGUUUGUGAGCAUGAUGAACGGCUGGCGCGGCAACGGCAUGAACAGGAGCACGGUAUACGAGGCAUCGAACUAUGUGGAGCCCGACAGCGACGUGAAGCUCCCCGAGACUGUGGACUGGCGCACCAAGGGGGCCGUCACUCCUGUCAAGGACCAGGGCCAAUGUGGCUCCUGCUGGGCUUUUUCCACCACGGGAUCAUUGGAAGGCCAGCACUUCCGCAAGACGGGCCAGCUGGUGAGUCUGUCUGAACAGAACCUGGUGGACUGCUCGGGCAGCUUCGGAAACGAAGGCUGCAAUGGCGGACUCAUGGACAACGCUUUCCAGUACAUCAAGGCCAACGGCGGCAUCGACACUGAAGACGGAUAUCCGUACAAGGGAAUUGAUGAGAAGUGCGAGUUCAGCAAAAGCGAUAUCGGCGCCGACGACACAGGCUUCGUGGACAUCAGGAAGGACAGCGAGAAGGCGCUGAAGGCGGCCGUGGCCACCGUGGGUCCUGUGUCCAUUGCCAUCGAUGCUUCCCAGCCGUCCUUCCAGUUCUACCACUCGGGCGUGUACAACGAGCCAGAGUGCUCCAGUGAGAACUUGGACCACGGCGUCCUGGUUGUGGGAUACGGAGCGGAAGACGGUCAGGACUUCUGGAUCGUGAAGAAUUCAUGGAGCGAGAAGUGGGGCGACGAAGGAUACAUCUACAUGGCUCGCAAUGCGAACAACAUGUGCGGCGUGGCCUCGCAGGCGUCCUACCCUCUUGUGUAGGCCAGCACGGCGCUCGUCCUGCUCUCUGGUCUGCACUGGAGGAACAUGAAACUGUGUGGUUGUUAUGGUGAGAAGAUCAUGACGCUCCUCCUUUAAUUCAAUCCUAUGUUCUCUUCCUCUUCUUAUUUUUAAUUUGCUCAAUUUUUUAGGCUGUUGAAUGGAAAGCCUAUUCUUACUUGAUUCAGCACAUUUUCAAUAUUUUAUACUGUAUGACUCAAUUUAGCACAAUUCUAAGUCUCAUCUUGAUACUCAUAUACGGUAUGUGCAAUUCGUUGCUCUAGCCAAAUUUUAUUCUCAACAUUUUCUGCCGUGUUCACUAGGCAUGUCUCAAGAGUUCUUGAACAAUCACCAUGGCUGCUUUGUGCGAGGAACAAGCUAGUUUUAGAUCAACGUAUAUAUAUAAGGUUUCUGUGUUCUACGUUUUACUGUCGCCAUUUUGGCUUUUUACUUUUACGUAGUCUUACUGGAUUUCCCAAUAGUUUUAGGCCCGCUCAUUAUGUCAUUAUAUACUCUGCAAAGAUCUCUUCUCUUGCUACUCACAGUAAAUUAUUUUACACUGA